CUUACGUCAGUUCCGGUGAUUGUGACGCACUGGGGUUCGGCGGCAGACGGUGAUGGCGGACUGCCGAGCGCCGAGUCCUCGCUGGUUCUUCACCCGGGAGCAGCUGGAGAACAGCCCGUCGAGGCGCUGCGGGAUGGAGGCCGACAAGGAACUGUCGUACCGGCAGCAAGCUGCCAAUCUCGUCCAGGACAUGGGGCAGCGCCUCAACGUAUCCCAGCUCACCAUCAACACUGCCAUUGUUUACAUGCACCGCUUCUAUAUGCAUCAUUCUUUUACCAAAUACAACAGAAAUAUAAUGUCUCCUACUGCAUUGUUCCUGGCUGCUAAAGUGGAGGAACAGCCUCGUAAACUUGAACAUGUCAUUAAAGUAUGUCAUGCUUGUCUUAAUCCAGUCGAUCCACUGCUGGAUACAAAAAGCGAUGCUUACCUACAGCAAGCUCAAGAGCUGGUUAUACUUGAAACUGUCCUGCUGCAGACCUUAGGCUUCGAGAUCACUAUUGAACAUCCCCACACAGAUGUCGUUAAGUGCACCCAAUUAGUGAGAGCAAGCAAGGACUUGGCACAGACCUCCUAUUUCAUGGCUACCAACAGUCUGCACCUCACAACUUUCUGCCUUCAGUACAAGCCCACGGUAAUCGCCUGUGUGUGCAUCCACCUGGCCUGCAAGUGGUCCAACUGGGAGAUACCUGUAUCUACAGAUGGGAAGCAUUGGUGGGAGUAUGUGGACCAGACGGUGACACUGGAAUUGCUGGAUGAACUGACGCAUGAAUUUCUGCAAAUUCUUGAGAAGACACCCAACCGGUUGAAGAAGAUUCGAAACUGGAGGGCCAGUCAGGCGGCUACAAGAAAACCCAAGUCUGAUGGUCAACUCGACAAUGCUUUGCUUAGUUCGUCACUUGCCCAGAACUCUAUUUUGGUGGACCCCGUAGCUGGUAUUGCUGCAGGCGCCAGUUUUCCAAAGGCAUCGACGUCUGUGUUUCCUGCACCGGUAGCUCUGAACUCAGGAAGCAUGCCAAUUCAGGCGGCCCAUAACACAGAGGAACUGGCCUUAUUGGGAAUGCCUGGUACAUCCUAUACAAUGGCAUCUCAUCACGAAUGGCCUCAGCAUCCGGAUCAGCCUAGGACAGACCAAGUGUAUGGCCAGAAAACGGAUAGUUCUCUCCCAUCUGCACAGUAUAACAUGACCGCUGUUCAACUCCACCCUGGCUUACAUCAUCGCUCCGAAAAGGUUUCUGAGCACUCGGCUAAGCUGGAGCAUGCUCAUAAGUCAUCUGGCGGCAAACACUAUGGACAAAUUUAUGCUCCUCCAGUAACUAUGUCUCAUAAAAUGUCUUUGGACAAGUACCGGGAAAAACGCAAACUUGAAACUGUCGAUAUGGAUAUUAGAGAUCAAAUUCUGACAGUUCACACGGACCAACAGCAGCAACAUAAAAAACAUAGCCAAGCCUCCGGCAGCAGCUCUGUGACUUCUCCCAUCAAAAUGAAAAUUCCACUUUCCAUUAGUGAAAAGACAGAAAAACAUUCUUCCGAGAAGAAAGAUAAGAGCGGUUCCCUGAAGCUGCGCAUACCCAUCCCGGCCACGGAGAGAACCUCCAGCAAAGAUGACUUGAAAAUGAAAAUUAAGGUCUCUUCCGCGGAGAGACACAGCUCAUCGGACGAGGGCAGCGGAAAGAGCAAGCACUCGAGUCCGCACAUGAGCAAAGAACACAAGGACAAGCACAAUUCUUCCAGCCGGCACCACGGUAGCAGCCACAAGCAUUCACAUUCACACUACAGCAGUGCGAGCAGCAACAACAACAGCAAUAAGCUUAGUAUGGACGGACUGCCUACAACUGUUUUACGGAGUCCCGUUGGUGUGCCCAACGAUGGUGGUACCUCGAGCUCCAGCUCUUCAAGAAAGAGGCCGCAUUCCAAUGACGCCUCUUACAACCACCACCCCAAAAUGAGCAAAAGUUCCAAAAGUUCAGGUACUAGUUCUUCCUCUGUUAAGCAGUAUAUAUCCUCUCACAACACUGUUCUUAACCAUCCCUUACUCCCUCCUCCCCCUGUCACAUACCAGGUGGGCUACGGGCAUCUCAGCACCCUCGUGAAACUGGACAAGAAGGCAGUGGAGAGCAACGGCCCUGAUACCAGUCACGAGUACGGUGCAAACAGCCAGCAUAUGGACUACAAAGAUACUUUAGACAUGCUCGAUUCGCUGUUAAGCGCCCAAGGAAUGAACAUGUGAUUAGCGCUCUUAAUUUUAACCCCCUCCCAAACCAUCUCCCGCCAUUUAAUGUGUAUAUAUAUUAUAUAUUUUUUAAUUUAAAACAAAAAAAAGUUAGUAUGGAAAAACUUCCUUAUCUAACUAGUGGUGACACCCGUGGCCACAGUUUCAAUACAUUUAUAAGUGCUGCUUUUAUCCCUCGCUCUGAAAAAGAAGAGGUUUAGUGAAAUGUCUCUCUCCACAUACAAUAGUGUUAUGAAAAAAAUACUGUAAAUCGCAUGGAAGGUGCAAAAUCUCAGUAUUUCUACCAUUCUAUGAACAGAAGAACGGAUGUUUGUUUCAAAACUUGUAGAUUGCUUCAAGCCUUGUCUGAUCGGCCUUGCAAGAGGCGCAGCCAGAGGUCGUUUGACGCUUAGGUUUUCCUGGACGAGUGUAAAUCUUAUUUCAGAUUUUUUAUUUUUUUUUCUUUGUAUAUUUAAACUGUAUGUAUGAUAUGCAUGUCUCAUAGAUAAAGGGAUGAAAACGGAUUCUACAGACAACUGUUUACAAUGACGGUGGAGAAGAAAAUGUACAUACAUUUUUGUAUGUUUAGAUAUAACCAUACAAUACUCAGGUUUGGAGCUGCUCGUAAGAAUAACAAUAUACAGAUUAACUUUAUUUUAUCUUUUGGCAAAAGUCCAUCGACCUACUAAACGAAAGCAAAAGAUGGCUUUGUCGACGUCUCCUAAAAAUCCUUUCUGUGCUACAGCGGUCUGCACGUGGUGUUGCCGGGCUUUGUCGCACUAGAAACUGUAGGCCUUAAUGGGGAUCAGCAGAAAAAGACAGACAAACCACUAAAAGAGGAAAUUUUAUGGUGGACCGGGGGAGGCAGCCGUCCCCUGUACCAGUCACUAGAAUGGCAAUAGUAGAAGGGGGAAUUCUGUGCCUCACACUUUCAUUUGGUGACCGCCUGCCCCCCCCCUCCCCCUCACGCGUUUGGUCCUCAGGGUUGCGAAGGUAAUGCGAAAGUAAAAAAAAAAAAAGAUUAAAAAAAAAAACACGUUUACAUAAUCUUUUGCUGUGAAGUGCAUUUAAGUGUUCAUUGGCUUGAUGCAGUAAUAUAGACAGAAAGUUGCUACUUAACGGUAAUUGUAGAUUCAUGUCGUUUAAAAUUCUCAAAUUUGUAAAAGGAAAAGAAAAAAAAACUAUGAUAAAAAAAACUUCAAAAAAACCUUGUAGUGAGCGAUUUUAAGUUUCUUUUUUGUUUUACGACACCAUAAGUUAUUUUAAUAGCUGACGGGAUCACUGUUUCUAUUAGUGUGUCCGAAUGUACAUGUCUUCAUGCCAACUUUUAUUUUUUCCCCCUGUCCAAAUAAAUGCAGUCUUCACGCAAAGAGUACGAACCGCGGGCGCCCGAUGUUCUCUUUAUUCCAACAGGAAAAUAUUCGUCACUGUUUAAAAGUGGGGGAAGGGGAAAAUUUUUUUUUUUUUUGUUAGAUUAGGUUGUGAAACAGAGGGAUGCUAUUUUGCAAAGUGCUUUAAAAACCUAAGCCCCCCCCCCUCUCUGCUCCUCAUCUUAUGUCCGCUGUCCUCAUGAUAUCGCUUGUACAUAUAGUAUGUGCCGUCUUUCCUGUUUCACAAAGCAACCGCAGAAUUUUUUAUUUUCUAUGAAAAUCCUUUUGCCUCCUGAACAUUCUCGAGCGUAUUCACAGUAACACGUCCUGUAUACUGUAUAUGUACUCAAUGCUGACAGACCAGAAAAUAAAGGGUAUAUUUUUAUUCAUGACUUUGUAUUUGGAACGUACUGUAUGCACUGUUGUAAGUCACUUUUGUUAGGGGGGGGGGGAACUGGAUUGGUGCUCUGUUCAAUUUUCUCAGUAGGGUGCUGGGCAGUUUACCUGCUGGACACGUUACAGCAAUACCAUGUUAUUUCUGCAGUUAUGUUGCCCCGGAUGCCAGUGAGUGGCGCUAUUGUUGCAACUCGUUGCAAUCACAAGAAUUCUACUUGGCAUUGAAUUCUUGCGAUUGCCUGAUAAUACUGUGACUCGCGGUCGUCCCGUAGUCGCAGUGUCAUCCUGUCCUUGUAAUGUUAGAGUAAUAAUUUCGAAGAGUCUCCUAUGGUGGUGGUGUAACGAGGGCGAAUGGCUCGCUAUAAGGUGGAAUUGCACACCCUUUUUUUGAUCCAAAAAAGUAGGAAAAGCAUAAAAAGACUGAGCAAAACACAGGAGCGAAUAUAAAAGUAUCAAAAACUGUGUGGCUGUAUUUUUUAUGAAGAAAUGGCACAUUACUAGGAUACGUACUCAAACGGGAAUGCCACUUUGUGGGGGAGGGGGAACCGUUUUUGAAGGUUUGCAGUCUAUGAAAUUGCUAGCAAAAGGUGUAGAUGUAAUAUACUGUUUGUUCCUUGAGAGCUCAUUCCCACGGGGCAAUAUCAGGGGUUUGUCCUUUGGCAUCUGAUCCCCAAAUUUUUGGCAAUCAAUCCCAAAGGGAGAAUAGACAGAGCUGCACGGUAAGCACUAUACUGCUAUUCCGAGAACAUGAUAUCAACCCACAAAGCGGCAAUUUUUUAUUUUUUGUUGCCUGGGUAGAACUUCAAAAAUCUCCUGGACUGUAUCACUCACUGUACGCGGAGGUUCUCGUGCUCCACUUUAAUGCCGGACUUUGACUUGCAUUGCUUGUGAUGGGUUACAAGAUGGGAAUAUUUAAUGGUGGUCCAUUGCCAUCAUUUUUUAAAAUUUUAUUUUUAACCUUUUUAUGCAACAUUUGCAACCGAUAAUAAUUUUCCCGUUUUGGCAUUGGUAGCUAUGAACCAAUGACUACUCCAGCCUUAGGCCCCUUGCAGACAAGUGAGAAUUCCGUGCGGGUGCAAUGCGUGAUGCAAACUCAUUGCGCCCGCACGGAAUCCGGACCCAUUCAUUUAAAUGGGGCUGUGUACUUGUGCAAUGG